UACAAAUCUACCAUCACUAAUUGACUCAAGUUACGUCACGAGCAACAGCUGUUUGGACACACAGCUGAAAGCCGCCGAGUUGAACGUGAAAAACAAUGAAUUUCUUGAAAAAGGUGACCCCGCAGCUGUUGCCUAUCGCCGAGGCACAGCUCAGCCUGAAUAACACAUCGGCUAUACACACGAGCGCUGUUUGUUGUCGCGUGCAGUCGGGACGUUACCGCAUAACCACAAAGCGGGAUAGACCCCUUACCUAUGAAAUGGCGAAUCCGCCGCAUUUCAUUGGACAUCGCAAAUCCUGGAACUCUUGGAAUACAUCCACGCUAAAGGAUUCCCUGCGUCCAUCUCAAACGGCCAUUGAGGAUGUGUUCCUUCGCAAAUUUAUAACUGGUACAUGGCAUGCGCUGGUCUGUUCCGAAAUCAUUAUCAAGCGACAGCACAAUACAAUCCGUAUUGCAGCCAUCAUACGUCAGGCAAUUACUCCACGAAAGAUGUACUUCCUCAUUGGCUACACGGAAGAGAUGCUGUCCAAUUGGAUGCAAUGUCCCGUCACGCUGGAGCUUCAGACGGUUGCCGACAAAAAGGACGUGGUCUUUAAAUAUAUUUAAGUCACCCUGUUUUACUUGUCCAUUAAAUACAUUUAUACUAGUACAUACA